UCGGAUCGUGACUCACUCUCGUCUCUUCUGGUUUCAGAUGUGAAUCGUCCGGAUAUUACGGGCGGGAAGGGGGCAGAGGACGGCGGUACUUCCCUCAGCCUGCAGGCAGACGGACGGACAGACAGCGCCGCGCCUCAUCCCGCAGACGGUCCAGCAGCAUGCCAUACUCCGGACGCUUCAUCCUGCUCUGCAUCUCAUCAUGGGGACUAACGGUGGGCUGUCUGAGGACGCUGCCUCAUGUGAUGGACUACGAGACAGCCGUGCCUCGCAAACUUCCGGAUGCCUCGCGCCCACAGGGGUCGACACAGAAGUACCCCGAUUCCGUUGCCUACGCUCUGGCCGCAGCGGGACAGAACUUCACCCUCCACCUGGAGAAGAACAGAAAUCUUCUGGGAGAGAAUUUUGCACUGACCUAUUAUUCUGAGCAAGGCACCAAAGUGAGAAGUACUCCAGAUCACAAGGACCACUGCUACUACCAUGGCCAUGUGGUGGGGGUGGAGGACUCCUCCAGCAGUGUGGGGCUGUGCUCGGGAAUACAAGGGUUUGUGCGCAUGCGGGACCAGGUUUACCUCAUCGAGCCUCUCACCGGCGCCGAGACGGGACAGCAGAGCGGCGCGCGCGCGCACGAGGAGGGGCUCCACGCCGUGUACAACUACAAACACUUGAGGAGGAAGAGGAGCUCCUGUUCCCAUGGAAACACGGGAUCCGUGUUCUACGAUCACGGAUCCCGCCCCUCCGGACUGUUCCAACUCGGACGUCUGAAAAGCCACUCCGAGACUAAAGCCCACACCCGGAAACCCAGAACGGUGGAGAUGGUCCUGGUGGUCGACAACACUGCAUUUAAGCGGUUUGGCAGCAAGAAGUCUGUGGAGGACAGAGCACUUAUCGUGGCAAAUCAUGUGGACAAGCUCUAUCGCCCCGUGGGUCUCCGUGUGAUGCUGGUGGGCCUGGAGGUCUGGAACGGACGCGAUCAGAUAGCGGUCAGCAAUGAUCCCGAGCAGACCCUCGAACGCUUCCUCAAGUGGCGCCAGGAGAGCCUGCUGCCGUGGACCAGACACGACAACGCCCAGCUCAUCACAGGCGUGGACUUUGACGGAUGGACCGUCGGCUUGGCCAAAACCUACGCCAUGUGCACCUCAAAUUCUGGAGCUGUCAAUGAGGACCAUAGCGAUAAUGCAAUAGGAGUUGCCUCCACCAUUGCCCACGAGAUGGGCCACAACCUGGGCUUGUCCCACGAUGACGAAAGCUGCAUCUGUGGCUCCAUCCCGUCCUCCAAAGGCUGCAUCAUGGCAGAGAGUGUUGGGUUCGUGUAUCCAAAGAUGUUCAGUAGCUGCAGCCAGGAGCAGCUCGACAGGUUUCUGGAGGAGGUGAACCCCGCUUGCCUGCUGGACACCCCGUCCACCGCUCGUGUCUACGGGGGACAAGUUUGUGGGAACGCUUUCGUCGAGCCAGGGGAGGAGUGUGACUGCGGCACUGUAGAGGAAUGCAACAAUCCUUGCUGUAAUGCAAGCACCUGCUUACUGAAUGCGGGAGCCAAAUGUGCAGGGGGAGAAUGCUGCCACAACUGCCAGCUCAGGGCGACGGGCAGCACGUGCCGGCCCAGUGCGGGGGACUGUGACCUGGCGGAAUUCUGCACCGGUUUCUCCGCCGCCUGCCCCACAGACGCCUACGCCCAAAACGGCCUGCAGUGCAGCCGUGGGAGGGGAUACUGCUACAAUGGACAGUGUCCCUCACGCAGACAGCACUGCAAGAGACUUUGGGGACCAGAUGCUGAAGUAGCCGCGGAUGCUUGCUUCUACAAAGACCGAAGCUGUAGAAGGACCCUUUUUGGCCAGAGGUGUUCAGGCCAGGAUGCAGCGUGCGGCAAGCUGUACUGCGCAGGCGGCUGGGAGUUUCCCGUGACAUCCAGGAAGUCCUUCGUCACGCUUUCGGGUGGGGUGACAUGCAACGAGGCAACCAUCGACCCUAAAGACAACUACCCAGCCGACCUAGGCAUGAUACCUACCGGGACCAAGUGUGGCAACGACAUGGUCUGUUACGAGCAGCGGUGCCAGGACAUUAAAAGCAUCAGGGCGUACGGGACGGAGGAUUGCUCCGCCAAAUGCAAUGACCACGGGGUCUGCAACCACGAGAAGAAGUGCCACUGUGAACCCGGAUGGGCGCCGCCUUUCUGUGCCGUGGAGCUGUCGGAACUACCCGAAGGGACAGAUUUGGCUGUCGUGAUCGGUGUGUCAUUGGCAGUGAGUCUAUUUCUUCUACUAGUCCUAGUCCUGGUUAUCGGAGGUCUGGUGUGCUGCAGAAGGAAAAGGCACUCUCCGAAGAGAAUUCUCCCGUCCACAUCAGGACAGUCCAACCCGUUGUUUCAGACAGUCAUUACCCGGGGCAGCCCUCGUCUUGGGCCUCCUCCUCGUAUCAGCCAACCCACAUUUGUGACGUCUUCAGCGACUCAGGCCUGUAAAUCUCUGCCGUUCGCUGCUGCCCGGACGCCAGCAGGAGGUUUUGCACCGAGCCGAGAAGCUCCACAGCCACCCAAGAAGGUGCAAGCCGUGUCUCGGCCACUGGAAAUGAAACGGGCUGCAGCGCCGUCCAUCCCUGCAUCUGCCGUCCUGAGCAAAGCAGCCGUUUUCGAGGCUAAGCCGUCACCUCCGACCAGACCCCUACCACCACUGGGAAGCAAACCGAUCACAAAGCCAAAGCCCCCGGUGCCUCCAACAAAACCCGGCGGACUGAGUGCUCAAUGGAAACACGGUCAACCGCCGGCAGGGAAAGGUGCCCCGAAGCCACCCAGCAAGCCCCGGUGACCGGAGGACCAGUCCCAACCACUUACCAACCGAGACCCUCUGACAGAGGAUGCUGUAUACAGCCCCAUUAAGGCUGGACUAGUUGACAGAGCCACAGGGUCGAACGAUGCCUUCAGACAACGUUGGCUGAAAUAGAAAAGAGAACGACUCGCGGUCAAUAAGUGGAAGAGCCUCUUUUUUUUUAAUCACUUGUCUUCUAUUUAAGAGUGGCCACGUUGUGUGUGUGGAAUCGGUAUGUAAAUGGCCUACUCUCGCAAAUGUGAUCGUGCAUUUUUUUUUCAAGGGAACAUUCUUUUUUUUUUCUGUCUUAAUCUUUGGGAUUAGGAAAAAGAAAAAAAAGCCUCGUGUAGCACUUGCACUAUUUAAAAUGGCAAAUUUGCUUAAUGAUGCUAUUUACUGUCAUUUUCCGCAUUAUUUGGUACUAAUUUAUGAGAAAUCAUGUUUUUUUUGUGUUUUUUUUUAUCUGUAGCCAUCAUUUCAGUUAAUAGGGGGUUGGCGCGGUUUUUGGACCGGCCUUAAAACUUGGAACACCCCUGUGUCUUUUUUGGGGAGCACAGCUGAUGCGAAAUGUAUUUUUUUUUACGCGGUGUCACGUGACUAAUUGUUGAAUGAGAGUAAUUGAAGACGAAUGUCAUUUCUUCAGUGUCAAAUGGUAACGAUUAUUAUUGUUACUGUUAUAACGCUAGCCUUCAUUGACAAAAAAAGAACUCAGUGUAAAGUUGGGCUUUGUAGCUUUUUAUUUAUUGAGACUGUAUCGUUUUCCUCACAUUUACAAUAAAGCGGAA